ACAUGUAAAGAAAACGUGUGUAAGUCAUAUAAUAGUUUGAAUAAGUUUUUAAAAUAUGGCUCUAAAUGUCGCUCAUCCUCCCGAAGGAAUUUUCAUUUAUAAUGGGGAAUAUAUUCUUCUUUUUUGUGAUGGAGUUGAAUUGCAGUUUCAUGGAGAAGCAUUAAAACAAUUUAAAGGUCCAGUUAAAGGGAAAUUGUAUUUAACAACACACAGGAUGAUCUUCAAAAAUGAUAAACUACAACAUAAUCUACAGUCCUUUGAUUUUCCAUUUCUUUCAAUUAAAGUUAAAUUAGAACAACCUAUUUUAGGUCCUAAUUCCAUCAAAGGAGUUGUAAAUGCAUUUCCAGGAGGUAAUUGGGAAGGUGUAGCUAAUUUUGAGCUAAAAUUUUUAAAAGGUGGUGCUAUUGACUUUGGAAGAGCUAUGUUAGAAGCAGCAAAAAUAGUUUCUGGAAGAGAAACAAGUGGAUAUUACUAUACACCACCUACUAAUUCACUUUAUCAAGUGCCUCCUGUUGUUUUCCUUCCUCCUGCAGGGAUGGGGUUCGGCUUCUUUCUUCCAGUUGUAUUUUUUUCACCACAAUCAGAUGAAAGUACCGUAUUUAAGACCGAUGAUCCUCCACCUUAUCCCGGUUUAGAAGGAAUUUCGAAACCAACGACACAAGGUCAAGGAGCGGCUCAAGAUGGAAAACAGGUGGACGAACAACCGCCUCCUUCUUACUACGACGCAACAAAAAAGAAAUAAAAAUUCAGAAGUUAAUUCUCAAGAAAAUAAUAAUAAUAAAUUAUUGAUCUCAAAUAUGCAGCUUUAAAAAGCUUGUUGAUUUUUCUGCACUUUGUGUAAAUAAUUUUUGGUGUUUAUUGUUAU